GGAUGCACUUACAGUAUCUGUAGAUGCCGCGAGGGGAAUCGGCAAAGUAAUUACUGAGUCUUGUUAUCUUCAUAAAAGGCGAUAACAGCAAAUACAGUUUUGUUCCUUAUUUCCAGCUACGGCAUUUUGCAUUAGCGAAAAAUGUUAGAGUAUAUCGGUAGUGCGAUUUCAGUGAAGUAUCGUACACGUUUAUAAUCCAAUUAUUUCUUAUCAGCAGUGCCAUGAAUUCGAUUCUCUCUGUGUUUGUGUCGCUAGUUGCGCUGCAUAAUCCUCUCGGUUAUGCAAACCCGGACAACGAAAAUGGUCAGUUUACUCCAGCAACUCCGGAAGAGUUUCCCAUCUUUUCCACGGAGCCAAUGUCACGUGACCAGUGUGGACUGCAGUUCACUGCCAACUGUCAGCCGAAUUCCACAGAAAGCCUGUUCACGCAAACCAACUGCACGGCUGGCCAGGGCUUAGAAAUGGGCUGCAACGCCAGCGCCUCCGUAACCGAAAUCUACCAACUGGCCGUAUCCCUCUCUCAACCUCCCGUCCGAGCUGUAUCUUUGACCCUGUACGAUAACGAGCAGCUGACCUUUGACACGGUGGCUCCGGUUAGAAAGCUGUCAGUGGUACUGAAUUUUUACAACUGUGUAUCUUCUCGUGCAACGGCUAAACUGUAUGAACUUCGUCUAACCAAUUUACAAAGUUUCAAUAUCAACGACUGUUAUGGUCUAGUGGUUAAGAAAACCGAUUUUUGGCAGUCGCUGCGGCUGAAAAUGAUUUUAUUUGUCAACUCCACACUGCAGCACUUGGAACCGGGAACGUUUACUGAUUUACCAGGAUUGCGGUUGCUAUCAAUGGAGAGUUAUUUGGAUCAAAUGGAAGUUUUCAACGAUCAACUGCGAGACUACAUAAAGCGGCUGCACUGUGGAUGUGAAUAUGCAUGGCUGCGGCAGUUUCUCAAUUCCAAUCGACUACUGGGAAAUGUCAGUGACCAUGACAUUUACUACAUCCGGACAUAUUCUUUUUGGAACUCCGCUAUGGCAAAAAGGGAAAUUUAUCUUCCCAUUGACUGCGCUGCUGAAUCUUUCCCACUUGGCAAUAAUUCCAUUGAUUUCACACAGGAAAGAUUUUCCGUUAACGAAAAUUCGUAUGCAAAUAAAUGGCACGAAGGAUGCAAGAAUGAAAGUUCUGAUGCUGAUGAAGCGUUCCCUGACUUUACCCUGGAGGUAAUGACCCCGGAAGAGUGCGCUGUGCAGGCCGAUAUUCGAUGUGCCUCCAACGACACUUAUGUAAAUUGUACCCUGGGUGCUGAAACCGGCGGUUACGGUAUUCUGGGCAUCGACUGCAACAACGAAAGCGCUUUAAACCGCAUAAAACGAUUAGUAGUCUCUAUCGCCAAACUUCCACUACGUCCGAUUGAGCUUGAUGUCUCUGACCAGACGGCAAUCACUUCCGAUGAUAUCGCUCCAGUACGACGGCAGAUCAUCAGUUAUAUCUUGGAAAACUGCACGAGCCCUCGCGCCAGUAGCAAACUUCGCCAGCUGGUACUUCCAAAUCUGCUGGAAUACUCUAUCUGGCAUUGCUCGAAUCUGGUCGUGAAAAGGAGCGAUUUCCAGUAUUCUCAAAAACUGAGAAAAAUUGCGUUUUACAACACGACCAUUCGGACGCUGGACGAGAACGCCUUUACCACUCUGCCCGCUUUGCGCAUUCUCUCUUUAGAACAAGCGAUGUGGACACUGACUCCGUUGGAUGAACGUCUUCGAGGAUAUCUGUUCAGGCUGCACUGCAGCUGUGAGUUUGCCGGCUUUCGACGUUGGUGGAAUAAUAACACGGCCUUACUGCGGUCCGUUGCGGAAGGUGAAGUGCUUAAUUUUGCCGGGGGCUGGCAAAACUUGAUAUACGAACGCACGGAUGUGUAUUUGCCGGUCGACUGCAAGUCUAAUUACCCUAAAGAAAAAUUGGAUAUCGCCUACAAUGCGACCAGCUUCUCGGUGCAUGAACCUUACUGUGGGUGAACAUGUGGAAGACUGCAAAGUACUUGCAUAUUUGCAGCAUAUGUCAAGUAGCAGUAUGUACUCGUGCGGUACUAUCAUAAUGACUUCCAAUUGGAAGCAAAAUCCUUGGCCAAUAACUUCUUGCAAUAUGCCUUUUUGCCGGUUGCCCGAAAAUGUUGCAGUUCUGGAAUUUAACAUUCUUGUUGGUUACAAUAAAAAUUAAUGGCCAAA